GUGUCACGAUGGCCCCCAAAAGACAAACACGUGGAGUACGGAAUCAUAGUGGCGAGAAAGAGAAAGGAGGGGUGAGAAGGGAAGGAAAGGAAGGCAGAAAGAGAGAGAAAGAGAAAGGCAACGACGACAGUGACGCUGACAGCAGCAGUAGCGAUAGUGGCGGCGUCAACAAAGACGACAAUGAUGAUGCUGAUGACGACGACAACGGUAACAAUGUCUACCAUGAACGGCGCUCGCACCGGACUAGGGAGAAGAAUUUAUGAAAGAAAACAACGAUGGGACGCGACACCGGCGACAGCGGGCGGCCACGAGACCUCAACGCAACCAGAAAAUCGCGACCCCUCAUUGGCCGUAGCGCGUACAAUUGUUAUACAGCCGCUUGAUGGUCGACGCGCGCAAACGCGUUCUGAAGAUCAAUGAGAGUUGAUGCCGAAGACGCGCGGCGAAUAUGGCGUGGCGCGUCCGGAACAAUUUCAUAUUUGAACAAACAGGAAUAAACGAAAAUUAAAUGAU